AUGGGGUUUUGGGGUUAUUUAUGUUUUGGUUGUUGGGGUUGGGGUGGGGGGGGUGGGGGGUGGGGUGGGUUGGGGGGGUUGGGGGGGGGGUGUGGUGGUGUAGUGUUAGGUGUUUUGUGGUGUGGUUUUUUUUGUGUUUUUAGGGUGUGUAAUGUUUUUGGGUGGGUGUGGUGGGGGGGGGGGUUUGGUGGUGUGUUGUGGUGGGUUGGUUUGUGGGUGGUGGGGGGUGUUUGGUGUGUUGUGGUUGGUUGUUUUGUUUGUGGGGUGUUGUGGUGGUGGGUUUGUGUGGGUUGUGGGGGUGGGGGGUUGGGUUGGGUUUUUUGUGGGUUGUUGGUUUUUUUUUUUAUGUUGGUUGGGGUGUGGGUGUGUUUGGUGGGUGUGGUGAGGGUGGGGGGGGGUGGGUGUUUGGGUGGUUUGGGGGGGGGGGGUGUUGUUUGGUGGUUUGGGGGUGGGUUAUGGGGGUGUUGUUUGGGGGGGUUGGGGGGUUGUUGUUUUUGGGUUGUGGGGGUGGGUGGUUUUGGGUGGUUGGGGGGAUGGUUGGUGUUCUGA